UGAAAAAAAAAAAAAAACUUCAUGAUGAGUCAUUCUUCAUCUACAACUUCUGUUAAUGGAUUCUACAACUUCUUAACUAGAGGACUUGACAAUCUUGAUCACUUAUUCCUAUCUCAAAACUUCAUGUCUUUUCAUUUUCUUCAACAUGUUUUGUCAUCUUUAAGGUCUUUUCAUUCCCAAUUAACAUUACUAGUCCAAAAGUUACAUUUGCCUGUUGGAGAAAAAUGGCUUGAUGAGUAUAUGGAUGAAAGUUCAAGGCUUUGGGAAGCUUGCCAUGUUCUUAAAUCAGCAAUCACAAGCAUGGAGAAUUAUUACACUGCUGGUGCUAAUUUUGCUUCUUCUCUUGAUGAUCACCACAUUUUAAAUCCCCUGCUUUCCCGCCAGGUUAUUCGAGCGAUAAAUCGAUGUCAGAGGGAAAUAGUAGGACUUGAAGAAGAGAACAAGAGCUUAAUGGAAACAAGAAUGCAAGAUUUAUCAUUGAAUUUCGACGAAAAUGUUCUGAUAGGAUCAAAAUUCAAUGGAUUUAGUGGGUUCAGAGGAGUGCUUUAUGCAAUGAAGAAUGUUAGUUCAUUGCUUUUGGUUAUUUUACUAAGUGGACUUGUAUAUUGUUGGCCACAAACAAGUUUUUACCAAAAUGGUAGUCAUGAAGGGAACAUGGUUUUUGGUUCAUCUUUUAUGGUUUCAACUUCAAGAUUGUAUCAAAGAGUUGCAGCAGAGGUGAAUCAGGCUGAAGGACAACUCCCAGGGAUCCUACUUUUCGAGUAUCGAAGAGCAAGAGUAGCCAUGGCUGAGCUGAAAAUUGAACUAGAAAGAGCUAAAGAAUGUGGAGUAGUAUUGUCACAAGUUGACAUCCAUGAUAAGAUUGAAAAUUUGAAAGAUUGCUUUGGAAUGUUGAAAUGUGGGGCAGAAAGCAUCAUUGGCCAACUUGAUGACUUCUUUGAUGAAAUAGUUGAAGGAAGAAAGAAACUUUUGGACUUGUGCACUCAUAGGUAAUUUAAA